GAUCAAGGUCCAAGUAUACUUAGGGCAACCAGCUUUGCGACAGGCACAGCUCAGACCUGGGUAUCGUCUGCGACUCGUCUGUUUCUUGCCUGAACAAUGUCUCGUUUCGUGCGUCCAUCAAAGUAUCGUCAUGUCUAUGGUCAAAAUGCAAAGAAAAAAGAAUUCGGAAUCGAGAAUGUAAAGGUGUCCAGCAGCGCCUGGGAUACCAAUUUGGUCUCUGCUUCAGGGCGAUACAUCAGUCUUAACUGGAAUGCAUCUGGUGGUGGCGCUUUUGCCAUUUUACCCUUGCCUUCUCCCUUCGAAGCAUUACCCAAUAAUCUUCCAUACAAGCUCCCGGAUGUGAUACCCUUGGCACGCAGUCACACUGCUCCAGUCCUCGACACGGAUUGGUCCCCUCACAAUGAUUCGAUUGUCGCCUCAGGCGGUGAAGAUGGGAAGGUCAUGAUCUGGAAAGUGGAACCCUCUACGUUCGAAGAUUGGGGUCAAGAUCACUGGGAACCUCACGAUUUCGAUCCUGUGGCCCGUAUCGAUGCCUCGCCGCGAAAGAUCGGUCAAGUCUUGUUUCAUCCUACUGCUUCUAACGUUAUCGCAAGUGCUUCUGGAGAGCAUACCGUCAAGCUGUGGGACCUUGCAGAAACAGAACGUCAGAGGUCUACUCUAACUGGCCAUGGCGAUUCUAUCCAAUGUAUCGCCUUUAACCCUACUGGCACUCUUCUUGCCACGACAUGCAGAGAUCGCAAGCUAAGAUUGUUCGACCCCCGUGCGGGAAGCGAAGCUGUUCGUGUGGCAGAAGGACAUGGUGGAAUCAAAGGCGCACGCGUCGUGUGGAUGGGUGACCUCGAUAAAAUCGCCACGACAGGUUUCAGCAAAAUGAGUGAUCGUCAGGUCGGCAUCUGGGAAACUGGUGGGCUUGGUAACGUCAAAACGACGAUCCUCGACCAGUCAGCUGGUGUUAUUAUGCCGUUUUGGAGUGAUAACAGUAUUCUUUUCCUUGCCGGUAAAGGGGACGGCAACAUUCGUUACUACGAAUUCGAAAGCGAUACCCUUUAUGCCUUAGCGGAACACAAGUCUUCAGAACCUCAGCGGGGAAUGUGCUUCUUACCCAGGCGUGCGCUCAAUGCAUCAGAGUGCGAAAUCGCUCGUGCUUACAAAGUUUAUGGAUCUGCAAUUGAACCGAUUGGAUUUAUUGUACCCCGAAAGGCCGACUCUUUCCAGUCCGACAUAUAUCCACCAGCACCUUCCUCUGAAGCAUCCCUUUCGGCCAGUGAAUUUUUCUCCGGGAAGACCGCACCUCCCAAAUUGGUCAGCUUGGAAAAUGGUGCAAUAUCCAAUGGUGUCCAGUCGACCUAUACACCUGCACCCACGGUCGCAGCCACUGCACCUGUGCCUGCUCCUCCGAGCUUCAGUGCAUCACCUGUAGCGCGGGCUGCAACUACUCCUUCUACCCCCUCGAACCCCGUACCCUUCGCGCCGGUCUCGAAAUCAGAAUCCAUGCCCAUACCUGCUACUUCUCCUGCAGUAUCGCCCACCUCGAGCCCACCUGCAAAAUCUAACUUCGAUAAUGAAGAUGCAGCUGCUCAGGCGUUACGCGAAGAGAACCAGCGCCAGGCUAGCGAACUCCGCGAUGCCCGCGAAAAAAUCAGGAACCUAGAACUCCAAGUUGAGGGCUUAAAAGCGAAUGCGCGAAAGGCUCAGGCGCUAUUAGAAGGAUAAAUGGGGUACAGUGGUUCGCCAUUGUAUCAUGGUUGGCUCUAGUAUCUAGCUCAUAAGCUUGGAAUUGUACAACGGCUGUACUGUUGAAUUUCGACCUUAGUUUCGUCGUUGCGUCGCUGCGACGGUCAUAGGCAGGUUGAGUUGAACCCGUCCACUACUUACGUGCCCUUCUGGUACGAACUUCUUACUAGAUGCGCUGAUGUAUUGAAGAACAAGUUCAAAUCACCCC